AUGCAGCGCCAUGGCGCACAUAAGAUAGCCGCUGGGAAAGAGGAGGCCUCGCCUCUCCUGAAGGGUGGGGUCGACCUAAACUACAGCCUGGAGGAGGGUGAUCGAAGGGGCCGCCAAGUCACCCUCGAGGAAGACCUCGAGGAGAUCGGCGUCCGUCGCCUUCACUGUGUGCUCGCCGCCGCCUGCCUGUUGACGAACCUGGCCCCCGCCACAAUCGCCGGGGCCUUCCCCUAUAUUAAAGCAAAUGUGGCACACGAGUUCGGCUUGAGUUUCGCCCAGACAGCCCUUGUCUCUACCGGCGGCAUCUGGGCCAGCGUGGUAGGGUCGGUGUCGUUUGGGCGGAUGGCGGACACGUUCGGGCGGAAGUGCACCAUCCUGGUUUGCGCAGGGCUCACUCUCGUGCUGGUGCUUGCGCAGUUGGCGUGCAGAGGCGCUCCCGGUUUUUGGCUGCUGGUCUCGCUGCAGACGUUGCUGGGGCUUCCGUACGGGGGCCUCCACACGAUUGUGGUCCCAUAUUUGUUGGAGUUCUGCAGCAGGGGCAGUCGGGGCAUGAUGGGCUCACUGGUUAACCUGGGCUGGGUCCUCGGGAACAUCUACUGCAUCUUGAUGGUUCGCGCAGUCGGAGCGGACCACUGGCGGCUCUGUCUGCAGACGGCGGUGCCCCCCUGCCUCCUGCUGCUGCUCUGCGUGCCGCUGCUGCCUGAGAGCCCCCGGUGGCUCACGGCCGCCGGCCGGCCGGAGGAGGCGCGGCGGGUCCUGCGGCUGCUGCGGGACUCCCCGCCCGCGGGCUGCCGGCCCGCGCCCGCCUGCGCGGGUGCGGCUGCAGAGCCCGAGGCGGCGCCCCCGGCGCUGCAUGCCCAGAUGCCAGCUGGCCCCGCGACCCCGCUGGAGCAGACCGCGCGCGUCCUCCGAGAGAUGGCGUCGCCCGAGCUGCGGUGGGAGACCGCCACGGUCUGUGCGCUGUUCGCGUGCGCGGGCGCCCAGGGCUUCUCCUUCUGGGCGUUCGGCCCAGACCUCGUGGAGACUGCCACCGGCGAGAAGCCACCUCUCUGGACCUUUGUAGGGAUGGAGGUCGUCGGUAUAGUCUCCACCAUUCUCGCCGCCGUGGCGGCGGACUCCGCGGGCAGGAGGCCUCUGCUGAUGCUCGGUGGCGCGGUGGGCCUCCUGGUCCUGGCGGUGCUGCUGCUGCGGCCCUCGCCGGCGGUGGGGUGCCUCUCCUGGCUGCUGGUGGGGUGCUGCCAGAGCCUGGUCUGGACGAUCGUCCCGGUCUACUCGGGCGAGGUCUUCCCCACGCGCCUGCGCGCCACCGCCGGCGGCCUGGGCCUGAUGUGCAGCAUGAUCGUGGGCGGGCUGACCCCGCCGCUGAUCGGCGCGCUCCUGGCCAGGUCCUUCGCGCUGGCUCUCGCCGCCAUGGCCCUCCCGCUCUGCACCACCCUGCUGGUGGCAGCCUUCAUGAUGCGAGAGACCGCGCGGACGGCGACUCUGGCCUGA